UGGCCAUACCCCGCGCGCAAACGCCGACCGCGGCGCCGCGGCACAGCCCGCGCCACCUAGCGGCAGCCCGCCGCACCCGACCACUCUGACCACCACUGCGUCCUCAGAGCCCUCAUAAUGUUGUCGCCCUUGUGCGACAUGAGUGAGAAAACUGGCAGGCAUGCGACUGACUGAGAAAAGGGUGACAUCGGCGCCGCAUCAUCGAUGACUGCCGACCGAAAAUUUGUCGCUAACCGCAAGUGAUUAAAAUGCGAAUUCGAAGUCAGUGCAUCCGUUCCGAAUUCCGAUGCCUAUCAUAACUAUUUUUGCUCUAGUGAGGUCCGCCGCCGCUUUGCUGCCGCCGGACCGUGAGCUGGGCAGGUGUGGUCAUGAGAUGGUGUGGUGGACCGCCAGGUUGGCGGCCCUGCGGUUGCCAUGGCGACGGCGACGCCCGCUGCGAGGCUCGGGCGGGGCGGCGCCGCGCACAGUGUCUCCGCCCGAGUCUGCUUUUUACUCAAAAUUUUCGAAACUAUCGUGUCCCCGACUGAUCCGCGAAAAUGAUGCGCAACCCGCCCCUGCCGCUGCUGCCCGGCAAUGACUUCGACCGAAAGAUCGGGCAGACGCGCUUCCACAAGUCGCAGCACUUCGGCAAUGUGCACAAGCUGUCCAUGCUGCUGGACAAGCGGCUGCCGGGCAUCGGCGGCGCGCCCAUGCCGCACGUCCCGCACGCGCGCUGGCCCUCCAUCUACUGCCGCGGGGACGUGGCCGCCCUGCCCGCCUGGCUCGCCUUCGACAAGGAGACGCUGGUCUUCGACGCGUACUUCAAAGAGGCGCUCCAGGAGGUGGAGGGCAGCCCGUUCCUGCCGCGGUACGUCAAGAUCUACUUCUACCUGGAGGACGGCACGAUCCAGGUCCAGGAGCCGCGAAAGGUCAACUCGGGCAUCCACCAGGGGGUGUUCAUCUCACGGCAGCGUAUCCGCUUCCCGCCGGACUCACGCUCCGAGACCUUCGUCGACAUCGUGGACCUGAACAUCGGGUACGAGGUGGAGCUGUACGGCCGCGUCUUCAAGAUCGUCAACUGCGACCGCUUCACGCGCAACUUCCUCAACCGCAUGGGCAUCAUGGUCCCGGACCCCAUCACCAUGCCCGAGGACCCGUACAUGGAGCGGCGCUUCAAGAUGCAGGAGGCCUUGCAGCCCAAGCGGCCCAAGAAGAUCAGCUUCGACGAGACUCAGUUCCUCAAGUACGACCGGUGCGUGCUGCGAUUCUACGGCUACUGGGACGAUCGCGAGUCGGAGGACGGCAUCCUGCACAAGCUGGUGCUGCUCUUCUACCUGGCCGACGACACGGUGGAGGUGAAGGAGGUGCUGCCCGUCAACUCCGGGCGCACGGGGAAAACGCUGCUGGCGCGGUGCCGCCUGCUCAAGGAGUUCAAGAGCGUGCCGACGCCGGGCGAGCACGACGCGUUCACCGUGCUCAACGUCCUGGGCCAAGGCAGCCGCAACAAGCGCUACAUCUUCGACGCCCUCAACUGUGGCGCGCGGCCCGCCAGCUUCUACUCGCAGCGCGACCUGGCCAUCGGCGCCGUCAUCAACGUGAUGGGGCGCUGCGUCGUGCUCUGCGACUGCGACGAGUACACCAAGGAGCACUACCGCGCUAAUUUCGGCCUGGAGGACUUCACCCCCAAGCCCUACCCGCCCGAGGACGACGUCGUGUUCGACUCCGUGCCGCGGCCGGAGCUGCCGCCCUACAACGGCUACGGCUCGCACGAGGACUCGUCGUACAACUGCCGGACCAUCUACCCGGUGGCGCCCGUCAAGGACCUGAAGCAGUUCCUGCGCAAGGACCGCGAGGGCAUGGACAGCCGAGUGCUGCGCUUCAGCGCCCAGAUGAUCUCCAACAUCCCGCACCUCAGCAAGCGGCCCUUCAUCAUCAGCUUCUACCUGGCCGACGACACGCUCACCGUGUUCGAGAACGUGCGCGUCAACUCUGGCUUCCAGGGCGGCAUGUUCUUCUCGCGCGACAAGUUCGUCAAGCCCGGCGAGAACCUGUUCGGCAGCGAGCCGCCCGCGUGCUACUCCAAGGAGGACUGCUACAUCGGCGCGCUGCUCGAGCUGCGCGACUUCAAGUUCCUGCUGACGGGUGCCGACGAGUACGCGCUGCGCUACAUGGAGCUUAACUGCAGCGAGUUCCCCAAGAGCAACAUCCGCCAGAUCCUGCAGAAGGUCCGCGAGCGCGUGCGGCCCGUGUACAAGCAGUUCGUGUCGGAGCAGCUCGGCGUGGAGGCGCUGCGGUCCGGGCGCGCGCCCUACAAGGUGCUGCGGCGCGCGCUCACGGGUCUGCUCGGGACCCAGAUCACGGAGCACGAGGUGGUGACGGUGGCGCGGCGCUUCCGCGUGCAGUCCGAGACCCCCCUGGACUGCGAGGCCAUCCGGCGGCUGGCGCACGUGGAGCUCAAGCGCUACCUGUUCACGGCCUUCGAGCGCCUGCUCGAGACGCUGCGCCACCUGGACGCCGCGCACUCGGGCCGCCUCACGCGCAAGCAGGUGUACACGGCGCUGCGCGGCGCGCGCGUGCCCAUGGACGUGGAGCUCACCAACAAAGUGCUGGACUGCAUGCCGCAGCAGGAGGAGGGCCAGAUCAACUACCAGGACGUCAUCAACUUCCUGGACUACGACCACUUCCCCACGGCGCCGGCCGAGCCCGUCAGCCUCCAGCACGACCUGAGCUGGAUGUCCCACGCGCCCACGGUGGAGGCGAGCGAGGUGGCCGUCGAUGCGUUCCUCGGCGAGCUGGGGCUGGAGGAGGACCUGCGCGCCAGCUGCGGCGACGCGGCCAAACCCUGCGGCUCCGCUGCUGUGGUGCCCGCUGACGCGCCCGGACUGCUGGGGGCGGGCUGGGGCGAGGACGGCGACGGCCCGGCGCACCGGGCUCCAGGUCGAUACACAGUCACAUUUGCCGGACUCGACUAAGACACACCAUUUCGGGAAGGGGAAAGGGGCGGCGGGGAUGCGGGUGGAACUUAAAUUUACUCUUCGUGAAAUAAUGACAAACAUUCGGAUUUUUCUUUCUUAAAAUAAUGAAAACUAUUGACAUUUGA